CAAAGAAGUGUAAAUUUGUCCACACUCUACUUUUGUUUGGCUAUUUUAAAGCAACACCAGCGGUACACAGAUUUAUUUAAACUUGUCAGUUAAAUAAAUACUUUAAGCAAAUGAAGUUCAAGCUGACCGGUUUCUAUUAUUCUGUCCCUGUUAUGAGACCGGGUAUCAUUUGUCAGACCUUUAUUUUGGUAUGGUUUACUUGCCUUGUAAAACAUUAUACCCCGCUUGAUAGGCGACCAUGUGAGAACCUGAAUCAUACGAGUGAACUCCGCAAUAUAAGAAGCAGCAGAGGAGAAUAGAUGUAAACAAGGGGAGGGACGGACAUGAACAAAGGUUUUAUAAAGGCCUAACUUUCAUUAUGAUCGGACACUCAUAUUCAUUCGGAUGUGUUGAACAGCAAGUAGCCAAUCAAAAUUCCCGUUACAAGGGAUCGCCAUUGGACGAAUGGCGAUUGGCGCGACCAGAAGACGAAAGGAGCCCGAUGUCUAUUCGUCGACAUCCAUGUAAACAACGGGUGACAUUUAGCGACGUUUUCGCUCAAAGCAAAGACUAUGGUUCUAUUAAUAUUCGACAAGGCAAAGAAAGGUUAGACGCAGUAACUGCAAUAAAUGAAACAGAUAUCCCCGACGAUAUUAAAAAUUCUAUAAACGGCGACGACUGGAGUCUAGUUACUAGCUCUUCAGACAACAGCAUGCACAAAGGUCACAGCAACCAAACAUUCUCACAUGACCCAGGAGACAUUUCCAGAGGGGAAGAGUUCAUAAGAGCAUUCGGAGAGAAGGGAAAAGGUAUUGGGGAUUUUGAAGACGCAAAAGAUGUAACCUUCUUUCAGGGAGGUAAACUUUUGAUCACCGAUUUUGUGAACGGUCGGAUUCAGAUGUGUAAUGUUAAAGAAACUGCGAUAACAGUAAUUGCGCCUGACGAAAUAAACCAACCAUGGGCAACCUGUGUUUUAGAUGGUGACAAGAUUGCAGUGACUCUGUGCAAACGAAAGCAGGUAUUGAUUUUGAGCAAAGACGGAGAAGUUCUGAAUAGUUUUGGUGAAGACAUUUUCGUAUGCCCUUCAGGAAUCGCUACUGACACCAAAGGGCGCCUGAUAAUUUGUGACACAGGUACAAACAAAGUGUCAAUGUUUGAGCAAGAUGGGAAGUUUGUACGACAUCUGGGCAACCCCGAUACAAAGGAUGAAUGUUUUUCAACGCCAAGAUAUGUUUGUGUUUCAGUAAAUGGCAAUAUCAUUGUUUCAGAUUCCGGAAAUCACAAAAUUAAGAUUUUCAACUCAAACGGGGACUUAAUCAACUCUUUCGGCUCGUUCGGAAAAGGUGACAUGCAGCUGAAAUAUCCGUACGGUGUUUGUUCGAACAUAUUUGGUGAUAUAUAUGUGGCGGAUCAUUAUAACAGCCGAAUUUCAAUUUUCAACCGGGACGGUGAAUUCAUACGCCAUCUGUUGACGGGCAAAAAUGGGCUCGUUCAUCCUCAGGGACUAACAAUCAGUCCGGAUAAUUAUCUCUAUGUUACACAUGGUCACCUGAAAGCAACGGAGAUUGUGAUAUUUAAGUUGACUUUUAAAAGCUCAGAUAAAAGCGAUUGCAAUAUCAUAUCAUAUGUGUGAACGACUUCUAAGUUCCUAUAUAUCCUGUUCAUAUGUUUAGAAUAUUGUGUGUUGUCGAGGUAUUUCUGGAAAGUUCCAUUCAAGCCUAGUGUAAAUUACAUUUACAUUACUUCGUGUCUGACGUGCUGGCGUUGUUCACUUCAUAAACUGAUAUUGAAUAUCAAUUAAAAACAGUUAAUGACGUCAGACAACAGGAUUCGAAUCUUAAACACUAACACUACCGUUUUCUUUGUUUUAUGGCCAAAAAGACGUUGAUAUCUUCACAUUGACUCGAGGACGGCAAAGUUCUGGCCCUGAUUUCUCGAAACUUCUUAAGUUUUACCGGCUUAAGUAGCUUAUUUUGAUAAGGAAAAUGUCGUGGUUAAACUUUGUUUUAAUAAAUUAAAGUUAGUUUAUUUCGAUUAUCUGACAGAUAACCUCCAUAAAAAGUCUUAAAGCUUUAAAAGAAGUAAAUAUUACACAAAUUGUAGAAGAACAAAAAUUGUGAGCUUGUUAUAAUAGACUUGAGUAGUUUCUAGAAAUCGGCCCAUUGUUUUAGUGAUUCGUGCAUAUAAGUCAGUCGAACAGCAAAAUUAACAUGGAAUUCUAAAAUAUUAUGCCAUUGAUCAGAAAAACGGCCAAUAAAUGGUUAAAAUGUUGGCGGAUCAACCAAUACGUACGGCAUGUGAAACGUCGAGCAAUAUGGAAUUUUGGGAGAAUACUGCCAUCCAUUGGUUCGGAAAUAUUCACGCGCAAUAUAAUUCAUUAAUGUUUGUGUGUUUUUAUUACCUUGGUAGCAUGAUAUAUAUUUUGUUAGCUAGUUCUAUAGCUCUUGGCUGCGUAUUUUGAUUAUUUCGCAAACGUGAAUAAAUACAAACAGAAAGUUA